AUGAAUGCGGAGGAAGUGGAGCUGCUGAGUGACUCAAAGUACAGGAACUAUGUGGCAGCAGUGGACAAAGCCCUCAAGAACUUUGAGUACUCCAGCGAGUGGGCAGACCUCAUCUCUGCAUUGGGCAAACUCAACAAGGUUUUGCAAAAUAAUGCAAAAUACCAGGUUGUUCCCAAGAAGCUGACGAUUGGCAAACGGCUGGCCCAGUGCCUCCACCCUGCGCUGCCCAGCGGGGUCCACCGCAAGGCCCUGGAGACCUAUGAGAUCAUUUUCAAGAUCAUCGGACCCAAGAGGCUGGCUAAAGACCUCUUUCUGUAUAGCUCUGGGCUCUUCCCCCUACUCUCCAAUGCUGCUAUGUCUGUGAAGCCUGUGCUGCUGGGGCUCUAUGAAACCUACUAUCUGCCCCUGGGGAAGACUCUAAAACCGGGUCUGCAGGGUUUACUGACCGGAGUCCUGCCCGGCCUGGAGGAGGGUUCAGAGUAUUACGACAGAACCAACACCCUGCUGGAGAAAGUGGCUGCAGCAGUGGAGCAGUCGGCCUUCUACAGUGCCUUGUGGGGCAGCAUCCUGACCAGCCCCUCUGUGCGUCUCCCUGGGGUCUCCUUCGUUCUGCUGCACCUCAACCGGAAGCUCUCCAUGGAGGACCAGCUCUACGUCAUGGGCAGUGACAUUGAGCUCAUGGUGGAGGCUGUCAGUACCUCAGUCCAGGACUCCAGUGUUCUGGUGCAGAGAAGCACACUGGAUCUUAUCCUCUUCUGCUUCCCCUUCCAUAUGAGCCAGGCGACUCGCCCUGACAUGAUCCGGAUCCUUUCAGCUGCUUUGCAUGUCGUUUUAAGAAGAGACAUGUCCCUGAACCGCAGGCUGUACGCCUGGCUGCUGGGUGUUGACAACAAUGGCGGGAUAAUAGGUCCACGCAGCACUCGACAGAGCAACCCAGAGGAACACGCCUCCCAUUACUUCAACAGCUUCUCCAAGGACAUGCUAGUCCAGGCGAUGGUUGGGAUUUUGCAGGGCAAGGCUCGAGGUGGGGAGGAGGAGAGCAUCCUUAUGCAUGACCUAAAGCCAUUUCGCAUCCUGAUCAGUCUGCUGGACAAACCGGAGCUAGGUCCGGCCAUCCUGGAGGACGUUCUGAUCGAAGUUUUUCGGACUCUUCACACACAGUGCCGGACAGAGUUAGACCUUCAAGGCCAGAGUCCGUUCAGCAAAGAUCAGACGCACCUCAGCAGUAAACUGAGAGAAAAUAAAAGGACAGCGGAGCUCAUUAAAACAGCCAAUCUCCUGUUCAACUCCUUUGAGCCAUACUAUAUGUGGGACUACAUCGCUCGCUGGUUUGAGGAGUGCUGCAGGAGGACGUUAAACAGUGGCGCACACGCUGGCAGAUGUGGUUGGAGUUUGGAGUCGCCUGACCUCCCUCUGGUGGAGUUCUGUCAGCUGGUAGAUUUUCUGCUGGACAUAGUUUCCUUGCCUACUAGAAGCAUGAGGGUAAUCUGCCAGGAGACGUACAUAGAAAUCCAGACAGAGCAUCUUCCUCAGCUGCUGCUGCGGAUGGUGGCGGCUCUGACCUGUCACCUCCAGGCCCUGGGCCUCGGGGAGCUCACCCACUGCCUUCGUCUCUGCUCCAAGAUCCUCAGCAAGGUGCAGCCUCCACUGGUUUCCCCGCUGGCCCUGCCAGCGAGUCCGCAGGCCCGCUCAUCAAACUCUGCACGGAGCAAACGCAGCGAAGCGGAGGAUAAACAGGUUUCAUAUUCUGCCCUUGAGACGUCUGACAGUGGGGAUGUGUUUGACGAUGGGGAAACCCCUCCCAGCAGUCGCUCCGCAGAAAGUGGCUUUACAGACUUUGUCCAGUACCAAGAAGAUGGUCCUGAGGGCACGGCGGAAGCCUCUCAUCUCCACCCGUCUCUCAGGACAGGCAGCCGUCCCACCGGCUUAUGUCAGUCUAAGCCUUUGGACAAACCAGUGAUGCAGUGUUGCCUGGAGCACUUCCAGCAGUUUCUCUCCUGUCUCAUCACCUUUUAUAUCAUUCCUGAGCAUGCGGGGGGUUCAGGGCCUUUGGUCACCGCAGGUUCCCAGACCAGUGGUUAUCCAGAGUCAUCCUCAGGAGACGGGAUGGUCCAGAAAGAUUGUGUGGCUGCAUUUACCGCUGCCUGCCAGCUCUUCUUGGAGUGCUCCAGUUUCCCAGUCUACAUUGCAGAAGGCAAUCUGAAGACCUCUCCUCCACUGGAAGAACAGUGCGAUGCUGAGCAGAUCCGCCUGCCGGUGUGGCUGCAGACCCUGAUGGAUGCCUGCUGUCUGGCCAGUGACUUCACCCUACAGGCUGUUGCUAUCUCCCUGCUCAUGGACCUAAUAGGUCUGACUCAGUCGGUUGCUAUGGUGACAGCUGAGAGUCAGGCUUCCGGUAGCAGCGCUGAGCCCGCUCAGAGCCCGAGCCAGGGUCGAGUCGCUGUGGUUAUCAGGCCUCCACUAACUCAGGGAAUCCUGAAGUAUAUUGCUGAUAAAACUAACUUCUUUAAGAGUGUUGCAGUGAUCCUAUGGGACCAGCUGGGUGAAGGCACGCCUCAGCAUCACCAGCGGAGCGUGGAGCUCUUCUACCAGCUGCACAACCUGGUUCCCUCAUCCAGCACCUGUGAGGACGUCAUCAGCCAGCAACUCAUGCACAGAGACAAGAGGAUUCGUUUGGAGGCCCAUGUGAAGUUCUCCGUUCUGUGGCAUUUAACGCGAGACUUGAACAUCACCAAGGCUUCUCCGUUUAGCCGAACAUUUGACAGGUCUCUUUUCAUCAUGCUCGACAGCUUGAGUUACUGGGAUCCCUGCACAAGCGCGGUUGGUCGGGCUUGGUUAAAUCAGGUUCUUCAGAGACAUGACAUCGCACGGGUUCUGGAGCCACUCCUGCUCCUUCUGCUGCACCCCAAAACUCACAGGGUUUCUAUUCAGAAGGUGCAAGCCCAGCGCCACUGGGCUCAGAUGUUCCCUGAACCGCCUGAACAGGAGCCAUCAGAACCGCUCUACACCAGAGACUCCGGCUUCUCAGACAACUUCCUUCAGAUUCGAGGUGACAGAGUUGGGCAUGAGGACUUCAGAGGUCUGGCAAUUAGCGACAUGGAGCCCUUUUGCCUGACUGUUAACCCCCUGAGUGACAGCUUGUCCAUCCUCAGCCUGAGCAGCGAAAACCUGCAGUUAGCUGGAGGAUAUCCUCCCGGUGACCAGCAGGAGGAGCCACAGAGCUCAGAAUCAAGUGGUUCUUGUUCAUCUACGCUUGAAAAUGGAAGCUUUGAUGAACAAGAGAAUGGAAAGGGCUCAGAUGGAAAGCUGGGUUCUUCGGAUGAAACGUCUGAAGACUCCGUGGAGGAAGCUGUGUCUGCUGUGAUGAAGGAGCUUAUUGACAGAGUUCUCAACUUAGUAGAAGAAUCAAAUGAAACCUCUCCGCCUGAAAACUGGCCCCAAACUGAUACUGAAAGCACAUCCUCGGACACCUCCACCGGUCUCCGCCUGGACUCCUGCCCUCCCGAGUGCUCCACCCACCACAAUCUGCCUGAAUUGUUAGCUGAAGGCACGCUGGAGUUCCUGUCUGUUUCUUCAUGCGAAGCUCUGCACAAAGAGGGCAUCGCUCGCCACAGCUCAUCACCUUCCAUCGUCACGUUACCAGGCGGCACCGAUCCAGCCACUACAGACCGAAGCCUACAGGCGGAUGACCCCCAGGCCCGCAAACGCAGCCACAGCAGCACUCAGCUCAGUCUGAAAGGGAAGAUAAUGGAGAAGCUGGUCGACAAAUCUCCCGGGGCGAAACCAAAGACCAAGAAGGCAAAGAGGAAAGAGGAGGAGAAGCUGAGGAAAGCGAACCAGUCGGAGAAACUGCAUCCACCCAGUAUUUUCUUUGGAGACAGUCUAGACCUGGAGAACUGGUACAGCUGUGGCGAAGGAGAGGUGUCCGAAAUCGAGAGCGACAUGGGCUCACCCAGCGGGGGCUCUGGUGGGACCUGCGCCGGAGGAGAGGCAGCAGGACGCCGGCCGUCCUCCGCUCCGCCUCGUUUCAACAUCCACCCUCUGUACCAGCACGUCCUGCUCUACCUGCAGCUUUACGACUCCUCCAGGACGCUGCACGCCCUUUCAGCCAUCGCCUCCAUGGUCAGAGCCGCUCCCUCAGGCUUCGUCAGCGCCAUCUCUACCACCAGCAUCAACAACACCUACACUCCGCAGCUCUCCUUGCUUCAGAACCUGCUGGCUCGCCACCGAGUCUCUGUUAUGGGCAAAGAUUUUUACUGCCCCAUCCCUCAGGACUCUCACUCCCAUUCCUUCCGCAGCGCCAUGUACCUGGAGAUCAUCAUCUCCCUCUGCCUCUACUUCCUGAGGAGUUAUUAUUCUGCCCAUGUGACGGCGGCUCCUCAGGACUUGGCAGGAAAUCGGGCCAUGCAGCUGACCAGCGUGGAGGUCCUAACGCUGCUCUUCAGCGAGCUAGCCAAAGUCACAGCCGGCUCAGCGAAGGGAUUCGCUAGUUUCAUCAGUGACGUCCUCUCUAAGUGCAAAGUCCAGAAGGUCAUACUCCACUGCCUGCUCUCCUCCAUAUUCAGCGCUCAGAAAUGGCAUGACCAGCGGAUAGCGGGGAUCAACAUGGCGGCGGUGGAGGAAGGCCUGUCAGAGGACAGCGUGAUCAACAUGUCGGAGGACCAGAUCGACAGCUGCAGCGCCGUUCAGUCCCAGCUGCUCCGACUGCUGCAGAGUCUAGUCGUGCUGGAGCACCGGGUCCUGGCGCCUGCAGAUGAAGGUGGAGAACCUGCAGGUGGAGGAGGAGCAGGUGGAGGGCCCGGAAGUGGCGGAGUGGCCGGGUUCGAGAUCCUAGGUGGGGAGGUGGAGCAUGUAAAUCCCCAGCAGCCUAUGACGUCACUCCAGUACCUCCACGGUCAGCCAAUCACAGCGCAGGGCAUGUUCCUGUGCGCAGUCAUCAGAGCUUUGCACCAGCAUCACGCCUGUAAGAUGCAUCCGCAGUGGAUAGGCCUGAUCACAGCCACCCUGCCGUACAUGGGGAGGGUCCUUAGGAGGGUGGUGGCCUCUGUGACUCUGCAGCUGUGCAGAAACCUGGAUAAUCUCCUGCAGCAGUACCGCUAUGAAACCAGUGUAACAGAUAGCAGACCCCAGUGGAUGGCUCUCUGUAUCCCACCAGACCUGAUUCUGACCGUAUUGGAGGGAAUCACUUCCAUCAUCCAUUACUGUCUACUGGACCCCACUUCUCAGUACCACCAGUUACAAGUGAGCGUUGACCAGAAGCACCUGGCUGAGGCUCGAUCAGGCAUCCUGUCCAUCCUCCACACUAUCAUGUCUUCCGUCACGCUGCUGUGGAGCGUCCUCCACCAGGCUGACAGCUCUGACAAACCAGCCGCUGCUUCAGCUGCUGCCACAUCCAACAUCAACCUGGGCUCCACCAAGAAUCUCCGCCAGCAGAUCUUGGAGCUGCUGGGUCCAAUCUCCAUGAACCAUGGUGCUCAUUUCAUGGCAGCCAUUGCUUAUGUUUGGAAUGAGAGAAAACAAGUCAAAACGCCGAUCAGAAAUAAGGUGAUUCCUGUAGCCAGUGAGGAGCAGCUACUGCUGGUUGAGCUCGUCCGGUCGGUCAGCGCCAUGCGUACAGAGACAGUCAUGCAGACGGUCAAAGAGGUCCUGAAGCAGCCUCCUGCCAUUGCAAAAGAAAAGAAGCACAUCUCUUUGGAAGUCUGCAUGCUGCAGUUCUUCUACGCUUAUGUACAGAGGAUUCCUGUGUCCAGCUUGGUUGACAGCUGGCCGUCCCUGCUAGCGCUGCUGAAGGAUUCUGUACAGCUGGGUCUUCCUGCUCCAGGACAGUUCCUCAUUCUGGGAGUUCUGAAUGAGUUUAUCUUGAAGAAUCCUAAUCUGGAGAGUAAGAAAGACCAGCGAGAGCUGCAGGAUGUGACUCAUAAGGUGGUGGAGGCCAUCGGCACCAUCGCCGGCUCCUCUUUGGAACCGACCACGUGGCUGAGGAGGAACCUGGAGGUGAAGGCGUCUCCUCAGAUCGUUGUUGACGGAGCCAACCUGGAAGCAGACGUAGAAGACUUAUUGCACACAGUGAUGGAGGCCUCCACCUUCACUCCAUCCGUAUACAGUGUUCACGCCCUCACACUGCUGGCCGAGGUGCUGGCUCAUCUGUUGGACAUGGUGUUCUACAGUGACGAGAAGGAGAAAGUCAUCCCGCUGCUGGUUAAUAUCAUGCACUACGUAGUUCCCUACCUCCGCAACCACAGUGCUCACAACGCCCCGAGCUACAGAGCCUGCAUCCAGCUGUUGAGCAGCUUAAGUGGUUACCAGUACACCCGCCGGGCCUGGAAGAAGGAGGCCUUCGACCUCUUCAUGGACCACACCUUCUUCCAGAUGGACGCCUCCUGUGUCAGCCACUGGAGAGCUAUCAUUGACCACCUGAUGACUCAUGACAAGACCACAUUCAGAGACCUGAUGACGCGGGUGGCGGUCGCUCAGAGCAGCUCCCUGAGUUUAUUCACCAACAGAGACGCUGAGCUGGAGCAGAGGGCUAUGCUGCUCAAACGUCUGGCCUUUACCAUCUACAGCAGCGAGGUGGACCAGUACCAGAAAUACCUGCCGGACAUCCAGGAGCGUCUGGUGGAGAGCCUGCGUCUGCCUCAGGUACCCAUCCUUCAUGCUCAGGUGUUCCUUUUCUUCAGGGUGCUGCUGCUACGCAUGUCACCUCAACAUCUCACAUCACUCUGGCCUACCAUGAUCACAGAGCUGGUCCAGGUGUUCCUACUGAUGGAACAGGAGCUAACAGCUGAUGAAGACAUAUCAAGGACAUCAGGACCAUCUGUAGCCGGAUUGGAGACCACUUAUUCUGGAGGGAACGGCUUCUCCACGUCCUACAACAGCCAACGCUGGCUAAACCUCUACCUCUCUGCUUGCAAGUUCCUGGAUCUUGCCUUGGCGCUGCCUCCUGAGAGCCUGCCUCAGUUCCAGAUGUACCGCUGGGCCUUCAUCCCUGAGGCUUCAGACGAUUCAGGGUUGGAGGUGAGACGCCAGGGGACACAUCAAAGGGAGUUCAAGCCCUACGUGGUUCGUUUGGUGAAACUUUUGAGAAAACGAGCAAAGAAAAACCCAGAGGAGGACUGCUCCACUAAAACCUUACCUUGGGAGCCAGGCCACCUGAUGCUGACCCUCUACAUUAUCCGCAGCAUGGAGCAGCUGCUGCCCUUCUUCAACCUGCUCAGCCAGGUGUUCAACAGCAAGGCCAGCUGCCGAUCAGGCCACGCCUACUCCCACAAUCCCGCUGAUUCUUCCUUCCCUGGAAACAAGGAGGGCCACAAACUGGAGAGCCAGAAGGUGUUCUGGAGCCGAGCUCGCCAGAACAUCGAGGAGAUGGUGGAGAAAGACUUUCUAGAGGGCCUCAUCAAGACAUGAGAACCCAGCCGAGGAGGAAGUGGGCAUUAACACAUAACUGAACACUAGUGAAAAACUCUAACUUGUACAUUCAUGAACAUUAUUAUGGGAUGUGAGGGGGGGUUGUACAGUUUUUUAUUUAUGACUCUUGAGCUAUGGUUAUUUAAUUUUAAUUAUUUGUAUGUAUGGAGCAGCUUUUGACAGGUUUUAACAUUUCAUUCGAGUCCUUUAGAAGAAAUAAAAUAUGCUGUGCCAUUCCAUGUGAGGUGACUUAAUAAAACAGGUUUCUAAUAACAGAUACUCAUCACUGUCUUCAAAAUGCUUAAAGCUCUUUUAGUCAGGGCAUGCUUUGGUUGCACAGUGGUUAGCCCACACGACCCAUGUAUGCAGGCCUUAA